UGCCUCCGGUACCUGGCGGCCGAGGCCGCGCUCCGCGGGGACGCGCGGGCGCGCAACGGGGCCACGCCGGCCCACGACGCCGCCGCCACCGGCAACCUCGCCUGUCUUCAGUGGCUGCUCACGCAGGGGGGCUGCGGCGUGCAGGACACAGACAACUCCGGUGCCACCAUCCUACACCUGGCAGCCCGCUUCGGUCACCAUGAGGUGAUCGACUGGCUCCUCCGCUUCGGUGGCAGUGACCCCAUGGCAGCCACCAACACAGGAGCACUGCCCGUCCACUACGCUGCGGCCAAAGGGGAUUUCCCUUCCCUGCGACUCCUCUUGGGACACUGCCCCAGCACGCUGAGUGCCCAGACCAAGACGGGGGCUACCCCACUGUACCUCGCCUGCCAGGAAGGCCACCUGGAGAUCAUCCAGUACCUGGUGCAGGACUGUGGGGCUGACCCCCACGCGCGCGCCCAUGAUGGCAUGACCCCACUGCACGCCGCUGCCCAGAUGGGCCACAACACUGUCAUCGUGUGGCUGAUGAGCUUCACGACGGUGAGUCUGUCGGAGCGGGACGCUGAGGGGGCCACAGCCAUGCACUUUGCUGCCAGCCGUGGCCAUGCCAAGGUGCUGAGCUGGCUGCUGCUGCACGGCGGGGAGAUCACCACGGACAGCUGGGGCGGCACGCCACUGCACGACGCUGCCGAGAACGGCGAGCUGGAGUGCUGCCAGAUCCUGGUGGUGAAUGGUGCCGACCUCAGCAUCCGUGACCAGGAUGGCUACACGGCGGCCGACCUCGCCGACUACAAUGGCCACAGCCACUGCGCCCAGUACCUGCGCACCGUGGAGAACAUGAGCGUGGAGCACCGCGUGCUGUCGAGAGACCCCUCAGCAGAUGGGGAGUGCCGGCAGCCUGACUCGGGCAUGUCAUCGCCCAAUACCACGGCAUCGGCGCCCCAGGCACGCUUCGAGGUGGGCUCCCCUGCCAGCACCCUCUCCAACUACGACUCCUGCCACUCCAGCCAGUCCAGCACCGGGGAGAAGAGGGGCGGCCCCCCCGGGGCCCCUGCCGCCCGUGAGUGCGGGGCCGGAGGGCGCGGGGCGGGGGGCAUGGGACCAGCCCCCCCUGACCCCCUGCCCUGUGCAGGGGUGCCUGAGCCGGCGCUGGCGGACAUGCAGGCGUACAUGGACAUGCUGGACCCUGAGACGCGGCCGCGGGGCCGGGGCCCAGCAGGCGAGGGCCCCCCGCUGCCGCCACCCCCUGCCUUCCCUCCACCACCUCCCCCACCCCCCACCACCCGGCCACCCCCACCACCCCCUGGCUACCCUGCACCCGCACCCCCCACCGCCCCCCACACUGCUGACAUCUAUGUGCGGGCCAAGAACAACCUGCGGCACGUGGAGAGCCAGGCGCUGCGCCGAGAGCUGGCAUCGCGUGACACCAGUCCCGAGGGUCUGCGCAGGGCUGACUCCAGCAGGCGAUCGAGGAAUUUCGGCAAACAGCCGAGCACCGGUGACUACUACAAGCACCUGGGGCACAUCGCGGCUGAGCAGCCCGGCCCCCGUCGAAUGGCGCACAGCGAAGAGGCAUCACCCAUCUCGGCGGACAACAUGCGCAAUGGGGAGAGCAAGCCCAGUGCUGAGCUGCCUCCCCCACCGCCACCCCCACCACUGCCUGACAACGCCUGCCCGACGCCCCCACCACCACCCCCACAGGCCGAGACCCCCGCUGGCCCCCGCCGCUCCUCCUCCUCCACGGGAAGAGGAAAGGCGCUCAGGCAGAUGAAGAGCACGAAGUCCUUCAACAUGAUGUCCCCCACCGGUGACAACUCAGAGCUGCUGGCCGAGAUCAAGGCUGGGAAGAGCCUCAAGCCAACUCCGCAGAGUAAAGGCUUCACCACUGUCUUCUCCGGCAGCGGCCAGGCAGGGGCCAACGCAGAGUCGCCAGUGUCCUCCCCAUCACCCACCAGGACGCCCACCCCACCAGCCACCCCCGAGGCUGCCGGGCCACCACGUUGCCUGGCAGGGGGCUCACCAGAGCCGGUGCUAAAUGGGAGCUCACCAGUGCCAGCAGCAGGUGCUGGGGCGGCGGUGGAGGUAGAGGCGCUGGUGCCGAGCCAGGACGAGCAGGGCCGGCCCAUUCCCGAGUGGAAGCGGCAGGUGAUGGUGCGAAAGCUGCAGCUCCGCAUGCAGGAGGAAGAGGAGCAGCGGCGCAAGGAGAAGGAGGAGGAGGCACGUCUGGCCAGCAUGCCAGCCUGGAGGAGGGACAUCCUGCGUAAGAAGCUGGAGGAAGAGAGGGAGCAGAAACGGAAAGAGCAGGAGAAGCUGAAGCGGGAGGAGGAGGAGAAGGAGAAGGAGCAGUCGGAAAAGCUAAGGACUCUUGGGUACGAUGAGACAAAGCUGGCGCCCUGGCAGCGACAGAUCAUCCUCAAGAAGGGGGACAUAGCCAAGCACUAGCCACGCCACGCCUGGCUCUUCACGGCGGGAGGAGGCCAGUAGGUCCCCCCACGGACCAUGAUAUGCCUCGGCACCCUCCUCCCGCCAUGGAUGGCCACAUAUCCCAACCCAGAGGAGCCCCCACCACCUCCCCAGGCACCCCUAGUCCCCAUCCCACUGUCGCCAGCCCACCACCACCUCGUGCUGCCCUUUGCAAAGUGAGUUGCCGUGGGGUAGGGCACGUGGCUUCUUGUGCGCUGCCCGGCUCGGCUGCUGCGGCUGGGCUCGCCAUGCUGCCCAGCUCCCCGCACUCCCCACUGGCACUGCUCGCUGUUGCAGCACGCUCAACCCCACUCCUGCCCCUCCAGAGCCGCUCGAGGCUGGCUCCCAGCUCAUCUCCACUCAGACCACCUGCCUUUCCAGCAAUUAAAACUAUAAAUCUCGCCAGCAGUGCCCCUCGCCUUCCUGGGGCUGCCCACACCACCCCUG